GCCAAAAUUUUAAUUAGAAUUAAAUGAAAUAUGAAUUUAUUAGAGAUGGUCCAAUUUUAAAACAAAAAUCACACUUGAAUAGAAAUUAUGAUUUAUAUUUUAAUAAAAUAAAUAUCAUUUAAAAAAAGAAGGAGAUUCUUGUCCUUUUUAGAUUGUAGAUGAUCUGCACCAUAAUGAUCAUCUAUAUUCAUCAUAUGUUCUACAUAUUCUGCUGUUUAAAUAAUUUUUUUUACUAUAUAUAUAUCUUAUAGACAUGAAUCAAAUUAAGGUUUUUGAUAGAGUGAAAACUAAAAAUCUAAUAUUUUCUCCCAAACCGAAGGCUUAGCCGUCAAGAUUUUUGUGAGAUGGCUUCACCACCGUUGUUAGCCUUAGCCCAAUCUCCUCCUCGUUGCUGGUCCGAGCUUCCUCUAGAUCUGAUGCAACUGAUUUUCGAACGCCUUAGCUUUACUGAUUUCGAAAGAGCUAAAUUGGUUUGUUCAUCUUGGCAAACUGGUUCAAGACAAUCUAAGCCAAACAAUAAGAUCCCUUGGAUGAUUUUACUCCCCGAGGAAAAGAGUUACUGUCUCUUGUUCAAUCCUGAAGAUAGAGAAGAAAAGCUCUACAAAACUGGCGACUACUUUUCAAAUAAUAUUUAUUGUAUGGCGACUUGUAGAAGCUGGCUUUUGAUGGAUCCUAGUUAUGAAAACAAGGAACACCCUGUUUAUAUUUUUAAUCUCUUAACCCGCGAGAGGAUCAAUCUACCUCUUACUACACCAGAACGACUUUACUCCGCCAUAUUGUGGAUAGACGAUAAAACCAAAGAUUACCUUGUUAUAGGAAAAACUCUGGCUUAUGUAAAGAAAGGUUAUAACUCGUGGAAACAAAUCUCGAAUGGUAUCCAAAACCAAGAAGACAUGGUAUUCAAAGAUCACAAGCUCUAUUUUCUCACCAAUGAUGAACUCCAUAUUUUCGACUUUUCUGGUGAAUUUCCGCUACAACUUUCCAGAGCUAGCCUAGGAGGAGGGGGACGCGUGGAUAAAAUAUUUAGCUUCAGGAUGAGAUUCCCUGGAGUUCCAUGGUAUGUCCAAAAGGUUCGCAAGAAGAAAAAUGUGGUUCUCACUGUACGAGGAGAUGUCUUAAUUGUUAAGAGCAAAAAUCCUGCUAUGUCCGAGACAUGGACCUUUAAAAUCUUCAAAAUGGAUUCAUCAUCAAAGGGCUUGGAGGAAAUUUAUUCGUUGGGAGAUGAGGCGAUUAUUUUGGAUUUGGGUAUUACAGUGCUUGCUAAGGACCAGGAAGGCGUCAUUAGUAACUCUAUUUACUUCACUGAUGAAGAGAUACAUUGGUACGCCACUGAAAUCUUUGUAUUCAAUCUGGAUACCAAAAAGGUUGAACAACUACCACCACUAGUUUCUUCAUGUGCUUCAUUCUCUAGAGCUCGUUGGUUCUUACCAAGUUUCAGGAUUGAUUGAUGAUCCCUAUCUAUAGGUGUUUCUCUUGGUUGCUUUACUAAUAACUAGCAUAUAAUUUCUGGAAGUGAUUUUAUUUUGGGAAAAUUGCCAAAAGAGAACAAAAAAAUCAGGUUGUUGUCCCUUUAGUAUAAAACUAAUUUUGUCUAGUUUUUCUCUUUUUUAGCCUUUGUAUUUCUGAAAACUAAUGAAAUAAAUAAUUUUAUGAAUCAAAAAAAUUAUUAAAAAUAUAAACAAUUAAUAAAACAUCCAUAUACACAAGCUGGUAAUUUUCUUUUGCUCAAAAACUUGGUAAAUAAGAUUAUUAAAAUACGUUCUACUAAAAGUAGAAUGCGUCUUCUAUGAAAAAUGGUAUAGUAGAAAACGAUUUCUAAAAUAAACACGUUCAUCUACUUCUUUUAGAACGUUCAUUUUACUAUUUACUAAAUUUCUAAAAAAGAGGAAUGCACAUUCUCCUAAUCGUAAAAGUAUCCACUUUCCUUCCAAAUGCAUCUUCUACUUUUAUAAAGUAUUCUAAAUUUCGAGGAAUGUGUUUUCUACAAUGUAAUCUUACGUCUACUCAAAGUAGAAAGUGUAUUCAGAAUUUUUAUCAUUCUUCUAAACUUUUAGAAGUCGCCUUCUACGGAUAAGAAUACUUGGAUUUUUGCGAAAAUUAAUGAAAUUUCAGUUAAGAAAAUAUUCUAAAAAUCUCUUAGAAAUAUUUUAACUUUCUAAAACGUGUUACGGUCGAUUUUACUUGAAAAAUUAAAAAAAAAACGAUUAUUCCUUCUCUUCUUCAUCAAUCUAUGGUUUUUCCAUAGUUUUUCUUUUGAUUCUUCUCACAAACUCUUGUUCUCUAUGAUGCAUAUCUAUACCUCUUUUUUUUUCGAUUGCCUUUCAACUGUUUUUUACCUUUUUUCCAUUAACUUUUUUUUUUAAAAUUCAAAUUAACUUUUAAAUUGUGUUUAAUUAGAUUAAAUAUAGGGUUAGUUUUGGGAUUAUGAGAAAAAAUAUACUAUUGAGACAACUUUAUGUUGGUUUUAUACUAAAGGGACAACAACCUUGUUUUUUUGUUCUCUUUUAGCAAUUUUCCCUUUUAUUUUUAAGUAUAAAAAAAUAUUAAUAACUGUUCUUAUAUGAAAAAUUAACAAAUGUUUUUGAAUAAUUCAAGUGGAACCUAACGAAAUAAAAAAACAUAUUGAUGAACAAGUGAUUUUCCAUUUGAAAAAAUCAUGGUGAGAAAGUUUUAGGUGAGACUGACAAGUAGAAAAUUGAUCGAACAGUUGGUACUUUUAAGCGUUUUUCUUUGUUUUAUUUCUCAGACUUAUGUUUACUAUUUUCUACGAUUAUUUCAGUUAUUGGAUUUAUGGAUUUAUUUUGUAUUUAUAUGAAAAUCGACUUUCAGACCUUUUUAGAGAUUUUGAGAUAUAAGUUGUUGAUUAGUAACACGCCGGUCUCGAGUGUUGAUGAGACGUGUGUUACAUUUUGGUAUCCUUAUACUAUUCUAGAUCAAACACGCUUAAUUCAGAAGUUCUAAAAAAAUAUGUCCCUAAAAAAUAAGUGUAUUU